GGGGGAGGGACGGGGAAGGGGGGCCAGGGGCUACAUAAACGCCACAGAGGCCAAAGAAGGGCCACUCCAUCUCCACACGGCAAACCCCCCCCGCCUAGCACUGUCAGGUGACUGUUGUCCAGAGGGAGGAAGGAAGGCCCAGCUGAGAAGUGACCAUGUGUGACGACGAGGAGAGCACCGCCCUGGUGUGUGACAAUGGCUCCGGCCUGUGCAAGGCGGGCUUCGCCGGAGACGACGCCCCCAGGGCCGUCUUCCCCUCCAUUGUUGGCCGGCCCAGACAUCAGGGAGUGAUGGUGGGUAUGGGCCAGAAGGACAGCUAUGUGGGAGACGAGGCCCAGAGCAAGAGAGGUAUCCUGACCCUGAAGUACCCCAUAGAGCAUGGCAUCAUCACCAACUGGGACGACAUGGAGAAGAUCUGGCAUCAUUCCUUCUACAACGAGCUCCGCGUGGCCCCCGAGGAGCACCCCACCCUGCUCACUGAGGCCCCCCUCAACCCCAAAGCCAACAGGGAGAAGAUGACCCAGAUCAUGUUUGAGACCUUCAACGUCCCUGCCAUGUAUGUAGCUAUCCAGGCUGUGCUCUCCCUCUACGCCUCAGGACGCACAACAGGUAUCGUGCUGGACUCCGGUGACGGCGUGACCCACAACGUGCCCAUCUAUGAGGGCUACGCCCUGCCGCACGCCAUCAUGAGGUUGGACCUGGCGGGCCGCGACCUCACCGACUACCUCAUGAAGAUCCUGACCGAGCGAGGAUACUCCUUUGUCACCACAGCCGAGAGAGAAAUUGUCCGUGACAUCAAGGAGAAGCUGUGCUACGUGGCGCUGGACUUUGAGAACGAGAUGGCCACCGCCGCCACCUCCUCCUCGCUGGAGAAGAGCUACGAGCUUCCCGACGGGCAGGUCAUCACCAUCGGCAACGAGCGUUUCCGCUGCCCCGAAACCCUGUUCCAGCCCUCCUUCAUCGGUAUGGAGUCUGCUGGUAUCCAUGAAACCACCUACAACAGUAUCAUGAAGUGUGACAUCGACAUCCGUAAGGACCUUUACGCCAACAACGUCCUGUCUGGAGGUACCACCAUGUACCCCGGCAUCGCCGACCGCAUGCAGAAGGAGAUCACCGCCUUGGCGCCCAGCACCAUGAAGAUCAAGAUCAUCGCCCCCCCAGAGAGGAAGUACUCGGUCUGGAUCGGAGGCUCCAUCCUGGCCUCCCUGUCCACCUUCCAGCAGAUGUGGAUCAGCAAGCAGGAGUACGACGAGGCCGGCCCCAGCAUCGUCCAUCGCAAGUGCUUCUAGACACCCACCUCCCCGCCCUCACCCCGCCCCACCACCCCUUCCCAGCCUGGGCCACUGUCACCCUCACCUUCCCCUCUCCCCUCCACCCCUUCCAGCCCAAGCUCUGUUCUGUUUAGCUCUGUUGCCUGUAAACUGUGAACGUGGUGCCCCUGCCCUCGCUACCUCCUCUUCCCCCCUCUGACCUCCCCCCUCCCCAGCCAACCGACCCCCCCUCCCACCCUGACCUCCCCCUCCUUCCUGUCUUUGCACUGCCCACCUCCCCGAGAGAAUGUUGGUUGUUGUUGUAUUGUUUAUUGUUGGUUGUUGUUGUUUAUUACGAAUGAAUAAAGCUUGAAUGUGCAGCUGGUUACAGUACUAAACAUUCGGGGGACGUUUCCUGGGUGAGUCUGCAUGUGGAGUCCCAUGAUAAGGGAUAAGAGCCCUCUAGUGGUCAGCCUGUUUAACGACAUCCCUGUCUGCUGUAAUUAGAGGCCAGCUACCAUGUAUUGCUACACAACUGUUUGUGUGGAUUUGAAGGUGAACACCCCAGGACAGAAUAAAGCUCUCAUACAAGGCUC